CUCUUUUUUCUGAGGGAGGACUCGAAGGAUUAAAAGGCAGCAACUUCUGAGGCGAUCUGUCCCCUGAGUUAUGGAUGUUGGUGCACUUACUUCAGGCCAGAUCAGAGCUCAGAGGGAUCUAACCAGAAGCAGCAACCACCGGCUCUCCACUUGCCUUUUACCAGGUUUUACCCAUCCAGUAUGUUUCUUUUGAUAAGACAUUUUCCAGCGCCCAGAGUUUCAGUACAAUGUGCAAAUGGAUACUGACAAAUGGUGCCUCAGCCUUUUCCCACCUGCCUUGUUGCUGCUUGCUGCUGCUCUUCUUGGUGUCUUCUGUGCCUGUCACCUGCCAUGACCUCGGCCAGGACAUGCUGUCCCCGGAGGCCACCAACUCUUCUUCUUCAUCAUCCUCCUCCUUCCCCUCGUCCUUCUCCUCUCCUUCCAGUGCGGGGAGACACGUGCGGAGCUACAAUCACCUCCAAGGAGACGUGCGCAAGAGGAAGCUCUACUCUUACAACAAAUACUUUCUCAAGAUCGAGAAGAACGGCAAGGUCAGCGGCACCAAGAAGGAGAACUGCCCCUUCAGCAUAUUGGAGAUAACAUCUGUAGAAAUUGGAGUUGUGGCAGUUAAGUCCAUCAAAAGCAACUAUUACUUAGCUAUGAACAAAAAAGGAAAAGUCUACGGCUCCAAGGAGUUUAAUAGUGAUUGCAAAUUGAAGGAAAGAAUAGAAGAAAAUGGAUACAAUACAUACGCAUCCUUAAAUUGGAAGCACAAUGGAAGGCAAAUGUUUGUUGCUCUGAAUGGAAGGGGAGCCACAAAGAGGGGACAGAAAACAAGAAGAAAAAACACUUCAGCUCACUUUCUUCCAAUGGUAGUAGUGUCAUAGAUGGAGGAACUAUUCUAUCAGUGCAGUUGAACCAAAGGCUCUUAUGUCAAUAAUAAUUGGUAAUCUUCUUGAAGAAUAAUUGCAAAGAAAUAGUGCAGACAUCUGCUUGUUUGAAAAGAGCAGGGGAAUCCUCUGAAGUUUUUGUACUAAUUACUGGCAAAUGAAAUACUUUUAUUUAAUUCAGUGUUCUAUCUUAAGAGCAAGAUAGAAGCUGAAUCAAAGGGGAUAUAAGUCAUUGCCAGUGUGAACAUUUUUUUUUCUCUCUGCAACAGAACUUAAGGAAUGUGAGACAAUCUAAUGAAUGAUCUUCGUGGGGAAAGUUAUUUAUGGAAUACUAACUCAUAUCAAAGACCUUAAUUGCUCAUUCAAGCCUAUGAACAGUUAGACAUGCAAGCAUUUACUGGAAGCACUUGGGUCAUAUGCACAAAUAAAGAUGCUUCUGGAGAAGCCUUGUGGAAGAAUGGAUAGGAUUAAGAAAUAUAAUCAAAGCAGUAUCAAACUGUUCUAACAAAACGAAUAGUAUGGUUUGCUUGUAUGUUCUAACUUCACUCCUUUUUAUUUCUCUCUAAAUUAUUUAUUUAAUAGGAUGUUAAAUAUCUUUUUUUUUUUUUUUUAAUUUGAAAUGUUUUCCUCAUUUGCUUCUUUGUUGUUUUCCCUUUUUCUCAGUACUUCACACAGGAUUGAUAAGUUAAAAUAUCAGAACCUUGUAAGUACUGUGAGAAUAGGUAAUGGACAAGGCUUUAAAGGCAGAAUUUAGUGUGUAUAAUCCGUUUUGUUUUUUUUUUCUAACUCUCUUGCACUUAAGCAAAAGACCAAACAUGCAGUGCUUGGAUUAAUGGUAUUGUGUGUCUUUAUGUUUGAGAGGUUUUCUUACUUAUUAGCACUCAAAAACAAACUUCAAGAAAUACUUGCUUCAAAGGGACUUUCUGCUAUUUUUAAACUGAGAGCAGGGGCCACCUCUGUACUUGGGUAUCGAUGUAUCUGUGUGUAUAUUCAUCUGACUUUGACUUCAGUGUGGAAUUAAGAACAAAUGCAUUGCAAUCAGUAAGAAAUUUUGCAGCAAGCACUGGGCUAGAACCUAGAUGUGGACAGUCCUGUUAAAAUCGCUGAUAAUUCCAUUGUUAAAAUUAAACAAUAUGAAAUUUCCAAGAGUGACAGAAUCACAGAAUUGUAGGGGUUGGAAGGGACCUCCAGAGAUCAUCGAGUCUAACCCCCUGCCAAAGCAGGUUCCCUACAGCAGGUCACACAA